GGAGGAGCAUGGCGCUGCUGUGGCCAUUGGUGCUGCUGGCCCUGCUGGCCCUGCUGGCCUUGGAAGGGCAGCCGGCCCCCGCCGCCGCCCCGGAGCCCCCCGAGAAGAGCCUUUCCACCAACCGGGCGGUGGCAGCAGCAGCAGUGGCAGCAUUGGGCCGGGAACUGGAGGAGCUGCUGGGACCCGCGGCUGGAGGAGGAGGAGGAACGACGCGGGGCGGCGGCGGCACUAAAGCGGGAUCGGCGCGGGAUAAAGGCAAAGGGGGAUCCUCAUCCUCAUCAUCAUCGCGCCUGAUGCGGGACCUGCGGACGGAAGCGAAGCGCUCUCGCGGGGGCUGGGGCCGAGGAGGAGGAGGAGGAGGGGAGCCCCACGGAGGAGGAGGAGGAGGAGGCGGACAGGGCAAUAGGCGCCUCAAGGGAUCCGGUAAGAAGGCGGCGGCGGCGGCAGCAGCGGGCAAAGGAUGCUUCGGCCUCAAGCUGGACCGCAUCGGCUCCAUGAGCGGACUGGGAUGCUGAGACCCAGGCGCCACCCAGGGCGACCCCUGGCAGAGGUCUUUGAGUGGACAGUCCUUCUGCAUCCUGUCACCCAUUCCAUGGACAUCCCUGAUGGUCACUUUGAAUGGACUGCCAUUCGCAACC